GAGCUGCAGAUUAUUGCAGACUAAGCAGUCUGGCUCUGCAGCAGCAAAGGGAGGGGGGGUGCGCGCUUGCAAGCUGGGGGGGGGGGGAGAGAGCUUGGCGCCCAGCCAGCUACCAUCAGAAUUAGCUCAUUGUUCAAUAUAACCAGCACAGGCAACCAAAGCCUGCGAGAAAAGGAGGGAGGGAGGGCGAGAGAGAGAGAGACCCCCCUCCCCGAGCUCUUGCUGUUGCCCCCACCCCCUUUUUUCUUUUCUCCCACCCUCCCUUUGCAAGGCUGCCUCUGAAAGAGGUGCAGUCAUUCCUACCCACACCCCCUUGCCCAACCCCCCCUCUCCCCUUCUAUAAAUUCCCUGCUGUAGCAUGCUGCCCUUUUUGAAUCCACAUUUGUGUUUCAGAUCAUGUAGAAAGGACAGAAAGUGAGGAGGGAGCGGGGGCUUUUGUCUGUAAGUAUAUACGUUUCCCCGUCCAAAUGCACAGAUUUUCCUUCUUCCCUACUCUUUCUUUCUUUGUUUGAUUCCCUUUCCUUUCAGGGUUAUUCCUCCCCUCCCGCUUUCUUCCCUUCUUUUACUUGACUCUGCUGGGGUUUUAACUCUUCUUUUUGUAAGACCCCCCCCCUUCCAUAUUGCUUAACGUUUCCAAAGAAGGCAGUGUUGAAGAAGGAGAAAAUGUGCAGCAUAUGUAGAUUUAACUCUCUGUCUUUCUGCGCAAAGGGAGGAUUUUUAAGCUUGGGAUAUUAAUGGUUGCCUUGCCUUGGGUGUAUAUUUUUAGAAGCAGGCAUUCUUCCUGCAACAGCCUUCUACACAUUUGCUUGUGCAGCAGUUAAGCUUGGAGUGAAUUUUAUAUUUUAAAUUAUGCAUUUUGGGGGGGUAUGUGUGUGCAGAUUCUAUUAUCUCUGUUAGGUUGAAAUUUGGUUUGCACUGAAGAAGGUUAACAUGUUUUACGUAGCAUAUCUUCUUUAAAAAAAAAACACCAAAAAACCCCAACAGCAUGCAACCAUAUAUUAAGUUUAUCCCUGUAGUCUUAAUGAAAUUUUGCAUGUUAAUAAAACAGACAUUACAGAUUAAACUGUGUGUGUGUAUAUAUAAUGAACUCACUUGGAUGUCAUUGAAGCUGUAUUCAGAAAACUGUUAAUCAGUUGAUUUUCUUGUAGCCAAUUGAAUGAAACGCUCCUGCAAAAUUGCACUGAAAGUUAAUAUUCUCACAGAGAAAGAGGUGUGAGCUUGCAUUUAGUGCUUGAGAGAGCUAGAGGUUAUGUAAUGCGGUACCAUUUCCAAAAAUAUCCCCUCUCUGGGCUAUUACAUUGUGAAAGUGUGACUGUAAUGCUGCUGUCUUCAAGGAGGGAGGGGGGCGGACCCAGCUGCUAAUUUGUCUGAGAACAAUGGACAAGCUAUGCAGUUGGCACAGAAUGCACUAUUUUCGUCUUGUCUGGUUUUUAAAGUGGGUUAAGCAUUAGAUGUAGUGUACUUCAAAGAGUCCAGAGUGCUAAGAAUAGCAUAGAGUUUUUGCAGAUCCAGGUAUCGGGGAUUCUGCUAUCCUAUAGUUAAGCCUAUGGACCACUGAAGUGCAGAGAAACAUGAUGCAUAAGCACAUGUGGGAAGGUUGAUUUGCAAGCCUUAGACAUGCAUCUUCCUUGCUGUUUGUCAAAAAGCCUUUUGUAUUUUUAAAUACAAAUAGCCAUUUUCUGUUUUAAUUUUAAUCUUUUACAGAGUGUUCUCCCUGUGCUGCUCAAAAGAACGUGCAGCCCUAAGUCUUAAUUGAACCUGAGAAUGGUAAGAUUUGUUUUAGUAUUUUAUGUAUUUAUUAAUUAUAAAAAAACCAGCUUCUGUUAUAAAAAUGAAAUUGACAUGCUUAUUGCAACACAUGUUCAUAACAUGGCCUUUAAAAAUGCAUCCAUUGGAAUUUUGAGGAUCUGCCAUUCAAUGAAUAAUGCACUUGAAAAGUCCUUGUGAGUUGGAUUUUCCAUUUCCAGGCGUUCUGAAGGGAAACCUGGAAGUUUCUCUUGAAAUGAGACUCAGAACAAGAGGAACUCCUUUAAUGCACCACAUGCAUUAAAAUAUGCAAAAUAAAAAUGCAGAGCAGCAUGCUAGCAUAUCUAUUCCUUUGCUUUUAAAAGGUCAUCAGAGCUGAUGCAGAAAUAAUUUAUAUUUUGUCUAUCAUAUGUUCUUGCCACACAGGAGAUUAAUUGCAUAGCCUUUUGUAAAGUUUUAUCUGGACAUCCUUGGGUAAAGCAGUUUUAACCCAAAUGUACCCUGCAUGGUGGUGUUUAUAGUUCUACAGUAGAAGUACACCAGCUGUAAAGUAAUUUCCAUGCGUUUCUCUUUUCAGUAUCAUUUAUGACUUGGGUAUUUGGAAUUUUGCUCCCUUUCUCUUUCUCCCUUAUAUCCCUUUCUCACAUUAAAGAGAUUGCCAUAAUGACCCCUGAUGGCAAACUCUGAUGCCAAGAUUGCAAACUGAGGAAAUGGGUGGGAAGAGGAUGGCCUCAACAGUACCACAUAUAUUAACCAAUAUAUUAUACUGUAAGGGCCAAUAAAUAAUAAUGAUAACCAAUGAAUGAAGGGGUGGGUGGGUAUUAAGCAAUGAAAGGGACCAGAUGUUUAAUGUCUGAGCAUAGUUUGAUGGGCCAUUGUGAAAAAACAUGGGAAGUCAUGCGGGGUGACUCUUUUAUUGCCUUCUGAGCACGUUUCCCUUCGAAACUUCCUCUAUUACCAAAGGAGGAAAGUAAUGCAGAGCUAGCAGCUUGACUGCAGUUACACUGCAAUUACAUUGUUACAAAAUUGGUUCCAAAAUAAAAGACAGCAGGCGGGAUAGAUGUUGUGAAGAGAUUUGUGUGUGGGAAAAGAAAAGGAAAAAACAAACUCCACAAUCCUAUGUACGAUUAACUCUUUUUAAAAGCUGUUUAUUAUCUAUUUCAUUUGAAUUGUUACUUAUUUCAAAACAUUUAUACACCGCUGGAUUGUAAACCAAACAAAACCUCAAAGCGGUUUUUUUUAAAAAAAAAGGUAAAACAAAAAAAUUACAAGUUAAUGUGAUCAUUUGUUUUUUAAUGGUGUUUUAGGAAUGUAUCUAUGUUUAUUUAGUUGUUGAGUGCAACCACAGAAGUGCAGGAUAUAGAUAAUAAAUGUACUAAUUACUUAGAAGUAGUAAGGCCCGUUGAACACAUGCACAGUCUUGCAGUGUGAAACAAUUAAACCAAUAAAAUAAGGAAUGCAUGACAGAUUCAACUUUCUCCAAAGCAUAAUGAUUAGUACUUUAUAUAAAUUAUUGUAAAUUCUUUUUCUUUCUGGAAUCCUUUACCUAUGAAGUACUUUUCUCCUUUAUUAAAUUAACCAUUGUGCUAGAAAGUUAUUAUUAUAAUUGUUAUUAUUUAUUUAGAUUUAUCCGUUGCUUGUAACCUGAAUGUCUCCAAGUGACUUAAAAUACUGUUUAAAACACAAGUAGAUCAUACUUUAAAAUGAAACGAAGAAAAAGCAACAACUUCAUAACAGCCACAGGAAACUUUGGCAGCACACUUUGUGAAUAUGGAUUGUAUCGUUAGCGAUUGUUCAGUUUAUUUCACCAGACAUGAGUCUUCGUUUUCUAAAGCCAAAGAAGACUUUUCAUGUACUUUACUAGGGAAGAUUAAUUUUCAAGCAGCAAACAAGUGGUUAUAAAUGCCAGUUGAACCACAAGUGUACUAAAACUAACCACUGCUAUGCAUCUGUCAUCACAACUGAGGACACAGAAGAGUCAUUGUGUAUAUUGGCUGGUGCCACACAACUUCCAUAAAGCUGCAAUUUGUUCAGCAAUCUUCCCUCAAAAUAAUAAAACAUUGCAGUAUGUCCAGUGCACAUUCACUGGGAAGGAGGGUCCACUGAAUACAAUAUCAUUUGUCUCCAAAUAAAGCAUGGUGCAAUCCUAUACAUGCUUACUCAGAAGUAAGCUCCACUGAAUUCAGUGGGAAUUACAGCUAAGUAUGCAUAAGAUUGGCGCCCAACUGUGGUUUUUUUCAGGAUUACAGACUACUAUGGAUUAAAAACCCAGCCAUCACAGAGCUUCUACACAAUUGCUAAAUCGCUGAAACUUGAGACCUUGUUCAGAAGGAUUCUUACUAUCUACCACAGACAUUCCCUAUUCUUCAUUACUUCAUACAAACACUUGAGUGGAUCCAAAGGGCUGAGCAGGUCUUGGAGUCAUGGGAGCCAACUCCUAGGGGCCAAGGUCCCUUUGCUCCCCCAUAAAAUAUUUGAGGGGGCCACCCUCCAAGUCGAUGGACAUUCCCAUUCAAGUAGUGUAUGUGUGCCGCAUCGUGUGAUCGAUUAUGUGGGCGAGGUUUGCCUGCUCCCCCCAUAUUUUAUUCAAGAUGGCACCACUGAUUGGAGUCCAAUUGUGGUCCCACAAAACACCUGAUAAUCCACUCCUGGGAAGAAGCUUCAACAUGAUGAGGAGCCUUGUAUUAGGAGAAGAAGGGCAGAAAAAAAAAACAGCCCUAGCAAAGCCCCAGUAUGAAGGUGGAAGUGAUUGUGUAUGUCCAAGGAGUUCCUGGUUUCCUCACCAUAGUUUUUAAAGUCAAGUUUUAAAAAUGACCUAAUUCUACUUAGCAGGGGCGCUAAUGUCUUUAACCAGCAUCUGGCUUUGUUGAAAAACCUUGCCCUGAAGUAUCUGGCUAACUUUAUUAUUUCUGCCCUCUGAUCUGACCUGGAGCAGCACAUGUAGAAACACCUGUUUGCUACUCAGUGCCUUAAGCCUUAUCUUUGAUCUUGCCCUCAGUCAUCAUCCUGGCUAUGCUUCAGCAAUUAGCCCCUGGCUUUGACCCUCUUUUCUUCUCCAGUUACAUCUUUCUGCUGUGCCCUGCACUUUGGCGUUGGCCCCCGGCACAAUACUUGUCUGCCCGGUAGUCUCUGAUUCUGUCUUGUACCCAAACUCUGAUCUCAGUAAGUCUAAUUCUCAUCUUGCCAUGGAACAUGGCUGCUUUUUGUGCAGGUCGGUCACUCCCACAGUUCUUAGUUCCCUGCAGGCCUCCACAGGGCUGGCCUUGGAGGGAUUCAGUCUGCAUCAUGCCCAAGAAAUCUAAUGUGGGCAGCAGGACUGUGCUGCCCCCACUUGCUGUUAAUUACAUUCCAUUUCCUCUCUUGCUCCCUUUGAAGCCAAACCUAAAUCAACAUUCAUUGGGAUGUUAAAUACUGAGGUAUGCUCCUGUCCAAUUAGUGUUUUCCCCCCUUCUAUGGGUUGGGGGACAGGGUCAUGUGAUGUGCUAAUGCAGCAGGUCCAUUUCCUGAAAGGCGCAUGGCUCCUGCAUGUGGUCUCUGCAGAUAAAAAUGAAGUUUAAUGUGCUUGUUUGGCAUGGAAACUGAAGCGGAGUUAUUUGCCCUUCAUAUUUCAAGAGUCCCGGAUGGGCCGUGUGUACAUUGAAAGGAUUCUGCAGGUGGUUCCCCCUGCUGUAUUGCAGGGCUGCCCCCAAGAAAAGCCUGAGGCGGAAAAGUCUCCCCUCCCCAUCCGUUUCCAAGUUAAGAUGCACUGAACUCCUGGCCUGUCAACUUACUUUGGUGCCUGAGGCAGAAAACUCCGCAGCUGUGUCUCUGUCUUGCUGGCACUAAAAAUGCAAUAACUGACAAUCUUUUACCAUUUUAUGACAUCAAAAGCAGCUGCCUGUGGGGGCUGUCUCAUUCUACCUGAAUUGGGUCAUGCACCCUGCCCCCCAAAUCUGCGUGUCUGGAUGAUAGAAGGAACGGAACCUGAAGCAGGUGCCCUUUGGCACCAUUGUCUAAAAAUACCUGCCUGUCUAUUUCUCUCUCUAUAUAUUUAUUAUCUUUGUUAGUUGACAAAUACAGUGGUACCUCUACUUACGAACGUGAUCCGUUUCGGGGUGCCAUUCGCACCCUGAAAAGUCUGUAAGUAGAGCACUGCUACUGCGCAUGCGUGAAGCGCGAUAGAGCGCUUCUGCGAGUGUGCGAAGCACGCAGAUCACUUCUGCGCAUGCGCUCGGGGCAAACCCAGAAGUAAACGCUUCUGGGUUUGGCGCGUUCAUAACCUGAAAAGCCGCAACAUGAAACAAACGUAACACGAGGUCUUACUGUAAGAUUAGACUGUCAGAGAACUGGUCCCUUGAGCCCAGUGUUGUCUAAUCUUGUGUGGCAGCAUCUCUAUAAAGACUCAAGCACAGAUCUUUCCUAAUCCUGCUAUCUGGGCCCCUUUUUGUUGGACCUGUAUCACUGAGCCAAAGCCCUUCCCCUCAGUCUUAGUGUCUGUGUACACAUAUGUAACUAGACACAUUAUCUUUCGCCAAUCCUAAUGGACAUCUGCAAGUAUUCCCCACCACCACCAAGAAAGACCAGCUUCUUGCACAUGCUGUAGAACUGAUAACAUUGCAGAAGUAGACCAUUUAAACUCUCUGCGAAGAGAAACACAAUGCAUAAUUGUUUAGUGAUUUUGUUGGUUUGUUUGUUUGUUUAUAGAGACAUUUCUGUCCCAUUCUUGUUUUGCCUAUGAACUACUGAGAGUAACUUUCAAUGGCACAAAACCACAAUCGUAUAAAUUAAAAAAUACAGUAAUAAUAAUAAAAACAAUUAAAAUAAUUUCGCUUUUCUGGAAGAAAAGAGCAACCACAUGCGCUGAGUGAAUCCUUAGUCUUAUUCCUACAAAAUCAAAAUAUAAAUAAGGCUGCAAUAUUAUACACAUUUACUGGGGAGUAAGUCCCAUUGAGCUCUUCUAAGUAAACCAGUAUAGGAUUGCACUGCAUGGGUACAAUCCUAAUCCAUUCCUGUAAAUGGUGGUAUAUUAUCCAUGAUAUAUUUGGGAGACAGUUUGUCCCCAAGCCUGUUCACAGUAAUGAUUUGCCUUUGCAAAGUGGCUCUUAACUCCUUCCGAGAUUAUGGCCCUACAUAAGCAAGUACAAGUUAUGGUAAGGAACAAGUUUUUUCUAGCUUGUGUGUUCUGUGUAGGUAGUAUAGCUAGUUUCUUUUGCAGGAUGCAGCCUUUCAGUUUUAAGAAUUCCUACAUUUUUCUUCUUUAUUGGCUAGGUUUUUCAUGCCAUAUUUAAAAUGGAAAUGCAUUUCCACUGUCCACACCCUGACUUUUCUUUAAUAUAUUAAGUAGCUUUUAGUUAGCUACUUUAGUUGGAGUAGGGGAAGGCGACCAACAUAACCAUAGGAUGAGCUGAAGUGGGAAGAAUUAACGAUAGCAAAGAAAAUAGUACUGCACUGCCAUAUUAUUGCAAUAGGAAGCAAAGCUUGUAUAUUAGCUCUAACCAAAACAUGAGGUCAUAAUUUUUUGAACACAAGGCAGUACUAUAGUUACUUGAGGAGGCCCAGACUUGUGUGCACUAACUGAGCCACCAAGAUCUAUACCUUGUGAAGAAAGUGACCAAUGGAAAUCACUUUGGGAUGCAAACCUGCACACAGCUACUGUAGAAUAAAAUCUGCUGAAAUUAAUGGGAAUUUUUGAAUCGCAGCCUAAAACAAUUUCUGACUCAUUGAAAAAAAUUAUAGAUGACAUAAUAUCCUCUGAAAUGUACUGCGGCUAGGUGCAUAAUCCUGUGGAAUGAAUCUUCUAAUUAAUAUCUGCAGCUGAAGAAGAGGAAGAAAAGGGGUGAACACAAGGAAGGUGUUCAAAGGGGCAGGUGGGAUUUACUUAUCCGCAUGUAGUUGCUUCCGGCCUGUUAAUGUUUAGCAACUUGAGUCAUCAUAGGUAUCAUAGAAUCAAGUUGGAAGGGACUCUGAGGACUGUCUGUAGCCCAACCCCUGCAACUCAGGAAUAUGCAGCUGUCCCGUAUGGGGAUCAAACCUGCAACCUUGGAAUUUUCAGCAUCAUGCUCUAACCAACUGAGCUAUGCAGGCACAUCGUACGGGGGUGGGGAACAAAGAAGAUCUAUAGAAGAAUGCCAGCGCAAAUGCAACGCCAGAGAAUUUGGCUAUGAAAACGAGAGGGUUUUUCUCAUGAAGGCCUUAGCAAUGCCAUUUACCUUUACUGGUUCUCCUUAACUAAAAUAAAAAAAUCACCAGCCACACACUGCUGGGCAUUGAUUACUACUAUAAAGUUGAGCCAAAAAGAACGCUGGCCUAUUUCCAGUAAGGAAAACUACGACAGAAAAGCAUCCUUGUUCGCAACAGCUGGCUGGCAACCACAAAGUCUACACGGCUAUACUGAAGUUGCUGAGACUUCUACUUCUGCUUGCCUUCCUGUCCUGCGAUCCUGGUCAUCUCCAGUUGCUUACAGUCAAAGCUUUCUAUACCAAGGAGUGAUCCGCAAUAGGUUCAGGCAGAGUGGAUGCUUACACAAGUUGGCCCUGGCGCCUUAACUGCUGGCUGACAGCCUUGCUGAGAAGGAUCAAGCACCAGUUCAUAUCAUACCAGCUCGUGUGCAGGUAUACUCAUAUCACAUCUGGGUGUGCCCCAUGCGGAUCUUGUGAAUAGGUCUCCAGGAAACAAGGCUGUCUCUGGUGUUUGCUUCUUGCUACCAGCCAACUAGUGCACUCCCUUUCAUCUUGUUCUAUGUUAGAACAUGUCUUUGUCGUUCCCUAUCUCCCUGAGCAUCUAGCUCUGAAGUGCUUUGAGAAGCUAUAGGGGCCUCUGCAGGCUGACGGCAAGUUCUAUUUAUAAAUUUAGUAUGUCAGAGCAAUACACUAGGGCACUAGAGCAACGAAAUGCUUUCUGUCGGUUGCCUAGAUCUUAUCCUGCCUGCAGAAUUCUGUAAAUAUGAAAGGCACUGUUUUUCCUAUAUUUUUGUUAUCCAGAAAAAUUUGACCUCUUUAUUACCUAGCUAGUUAUCAGUGUAGAAAAGUCAAAGAUACUGCCAUCUCUAUCUACCAGAUAAUGAAUAUAAGACAGAAUGGGACUUAAUUCAAAUUUUUGCCUUACCAAACUAGUUAAUCAUCUGGUCUAUUGUGGUUGAAAACUACUGUAUAACUAAGGCCCAAACUAGAUGCUAUGUGAAAUGCAUUUACAUAUUUCAUGUAACUGUUUCCCCCCAUAAGGGAAGCUAUCCUUAGCUCUAGAGCAGAGGUCGGCAACCUUAUUUGAGGAUGGGCCGGUUGAUGCUCCUUCUGUCAGAGGAUGGGCUGGAGCGUGUGUGUGCGCGCGCUGUUCCAGGUCGAAGGAGCGCCUGUGCGCACAUGCCGUUUCCAGCGCUCCUCCGACUCGGAAGUGCACCGGAAAUAGCGUGUGCACAUGCGCACAGGUGCUUCUCUGUCCCGCAUGUGUGGGCACACGCUAUUUCCAGUGCUCAUUCAGGUCAGAGGAGCGCCCGUGCGCAUGCGCACAGGUGCCAUUAACCCGGAAGUCGGUCCCUGUGCCGCACUGCGCCGUGACAGUAAGAGCAGGCGGGGGGGGGGGAUGGCAGGGGUCACCAUGGGCCUUAGGUUGCCGACCCCUCCUCUAGAGGUCUUCCUCCUAAGAUGUAUGGCAGCUUCAGGUAGGGGAUAUUCUCAAUGGCCACAGUGCUGUGUGAAAGUCUUAACUUCCACCUGAGGCAGCACAAUCCUGGUUCUGAUCUUCCCUUCUGGUUGCUGCUCAUUUUGUUUUUUAAAAAGGCAGAUACAUGAAAUGCAUCAGCACACUUCGCAUAUUGCCCAGUUUUGCUUUAACGUGAAUUGACAUUUCAGAGAGAGGGAAGCAAGAUUUGUAAAACAGUUUGGCCCUGUCUGCAUUAUCUGUUUACCAUGGCAUCAGUAAUGGAGGUUUCCCUCAAAAUCUGACAGGAUGUGAUUGUCCCACCCAUAAGAUACCUCUCUGUUUCCAGUCUUAGCUUCCAAAUCUCCACUUCCUAGCCCCUUUCCUUUCUCACCUUCCAUUGUUGCUGCGCCACUCCUUCUGAUUGCAUCAAAGUAAUCUAACAACUGAAUUUAAGCCACAUACAGUGUCUUAACAGAAACAUGGCAAAUGAAAGAUACGAGGAGAUGCCUUCUUCUGAGCCAUGCCAUUAUUUAAGCUUCUGUGCUUUUAAAUUUCUGUGCCUCAACAUUUACUUAAAGUUCCAAGAAGCGGACAGAGCAGUCUAUUUCUGGACCACGCCACUUUCACAUGUUCUUAUUUCUAAUUCCAUAUUAAUGUGCUGUUGAAAAAAAAUCCAUGUGAUUUUUAAAAAUUAAAUCUGUACUUGCAGUUUUAUAAGGUGGUCCUCAUACUGGCUUUUUUUAAAAGUUCCUGUCUUACUGUACCAGUAACAGCUUUUCCCAAGUGGCCAGAAAGCCUGGCUGAUGCUGUGACAGCCACACACUUUCAAAAUAAUGCUGCCAUUUUGUUUAAAGGCCACCUCAUAACACUGCACAUUUUCAAAGGCAAGAUUAUCAUCAUCAUCAUUUAUAAAUCACCACCUCAACAACUGUCUCAUGGCGACCUAAAAACUGAUUAAAAACUGAUGAUUAAAAACUGAUGAUUAAAAACUGAUGAUUAAAAACUGUUUAAAAACACAAAACAGCAAAUACCUGAAAUCCUAACAAGGAGACACUUGUGGAAAAGACCAACUGGGAAGGCUGUCAGAACAAAAAUAUCUUCAGCUGCGCUGUAUCUCAACAGGAAUGCUAUUCACAGAACAGCCACACUAAAAGCUCUGUUCCAAAUUACUGUAGAGUGGGCUUCUGUGAUUAUUGGAACUUGCCGGAAAAGCUCGACCACAGCAAUUUACUGGGAUAUGUAAGGCAUGUUUCUCAGAUAACCUGGUGUAUAAGGCCUUAGGUUAGUUCUCACACGUUGAACUUGGCCCAGUAGCAGAUUGGCAUCUAGGCCAAAUCCUGCAAGCAGGGUGUUCUGUGGUGGCUUUGCCUCCACAAACAACCUAGCCACCCAAUUCUGCACCAGCUGCUGCCUCUGGACCAGCCUCAAGGGUAGUCUCACAUAGUGUGUGUUGUGGUAAUCCAACUAUGAGGUUACCAGUGCAAGGACAUCUGUGGUCAAGCUACCCUGAUCCGGGAAUGUAUGUAGCUGCCUUAUCAACCAAAGUUAGUUAAAGCAUUCCUAGCCACCAAGGACACCACCACCGAGAUAGAUAGACAGAGAUAGAUCCAGGAGCACCUCCAAACAGCACACCUCCUCCUUCAAGGAGAGCAUGAUCUCCAUCCAGGGAAAGCACCUUCCUGGACCCAGGAACUACUCACCCACCGAGGUUCUGUCUUGCCAGGAUUCAAACACUAUUAGCGCUCAUCCAUCCCAUUGCUGCAUCCAGACACUGGUUCAGGGCCUUCUCAAGUAUUCUCAGUUCAGAUGUUACAGAAACAUGGAGUUGGGUAUCAUUGGGGUACUGACGACAUAUUGCUCCAAAAGCUCCAAUGACUACUCCCGAUGGGUUGGUGGAGUGUUGGAAACCUCACUUUGGACUGAAUUAGUCGUGACAUCUAGAUCACUAAGGAGACAAACAAUUUUGUCCUCAAAAUGCCCAGAAAGCAACUCGCAGACCAUCUCUGAGGUGUUCAAGGCUCCAUUCCCUAAGAUAGGUGUCAACAGCCUAUGGACCACCCUGAAGAGCUCUUGAGGACAUGAUGGAAGCAGUGAUGUAGGCCUUCUUUGCUGCUUUCGCCGCCACACAGUAGGCACAACUAUGUGCUCUGGCAGAAUCUUAGAACAUGACAGGAUCCAAAAGAUAGCUAGCCACAUUCCAAUCCAUACAUUAGAUUCAGUUCAGGUCAUUUCACUUCAGAAUAUGAACCAAAUGAACUCCUCAAGCAUCGCUGUGUCAAACUCAAUCUACCCCAGAUGCAGCUGCCAAAUCUGUUUGGCAAGAGUUAUGGAGGCCCUGUAUACCUGAAGAAGCAUCUCUACCACCAUCAUUCAGCCUCGACACUGAGGUCCAGCUCUGACGGCCUUCUGGCUUUUCCCUCACUGUGAGAAGUGAAGUUACAGGGAACCAGGCAGAGGGUCUUCUCGGUAGUGGCGCCCGCCCUGUGGAACGCCCUCCCAUCAGAUGUCAAGGAGAUAAAGAACUACAAAACAGCUGAAGGCAGCCCUGUUUAGGGAUGUUGUUAAUGUUUGAUGUUUUAUUGUGUUCUUAUAUCUGUUGGAAGCCGCCCAAAGUGGCUGGGGCAAGCCAGUCAGAUGGGUGGGGUACAAAUUACAUAAUGAUUAUGAUUUCCUAGUCCAACUAUCCAGGAUCCUUUCUCUCUGGCAAUGAUGGUACUUGAAGCUGGUCCUCUACUUUUACUAAAGACACCAUCGUAUUAACACUUUCUCUUUUCCCAAUCUGGUGUUUGUAGGCUUCCAGUGAACUAAAGGGUGUGAUUUGGGGGGGGGAUCAUUCACAGCCCUGUUAAAAAAUAAAGGUUGGUUAAAAAACCCCAACCCUCUUCCACUUGCAUUUUCUAUUUGAUUUCUUGCCACAUUUCUUUUUUCAUAUGAGACUUUGGCUUAGAAAGGAAAAAUGUCAAGUUACUAUGCUGUGAAGCCCUAUGCGUAUUUAUUAGGAAGUAUGCCCCACCAAGUUCAAUGAGGAUUACCCUCAGGUAAGUGUGCAAAGGGUUGCAGCGUCACAAUUUGUUGUAUCUGUACAAAAGGAGAUAGAUUGGGAUCUUCAGGAUUUCUGCUUUUUUUCUGUUCCAGAAGUGAGGGUUUUUACACCAUUAGCUUUCUUCCAGUGGUAGAAAUUCAGCCACAAUAGUGAUGGACAACAACGAAGAUUGGCAGGCAAAAUUUUGUAGAUUAAUGAAAUAAAAGUAGCAGACAUGGCUGCCUUGCAUAAAUGCCCAACUGAGUGGGAAUGAUGGUUGUGAAGGAUUUAAGAGCAGAAUGAAGAAAGAGUCAUGCCAUCUCCUCUCUGAGGAUAGCUCAGUGUGCCUGACAAUAACCUGGCAUUUGAGGAGACAGGUUUCAUUUCUGAUUUGGAGCAGUCAAAAUUGUAAAUAAUCAGAUACAAGCAUGCAGCAGGUAUUGCGGGAAGUAAGACCCUUUGCUGCCUGGGGAGUUCACCCCCUCACAUAGUUGAAAUUAAGCUCCACUGAUGCCAGAUUCUGUGAGUACAUGGCAAAUUAAGUUACAGGUGUUACAUACACUAUGCAUAGUGAUCAUUCGAAUGCAACAGUCAAACUGUAUUAAAAGCAGGCUUAUUUCAGUAUCAGCUUAGUUCAAAACCAGGUGAGCAAAAUGGUGUGUGGAUAAGAUGAUGCAUAGCACUUCUCUGGGUUAAGGGAUGUCUGAAGAAUGUAGAAAACUGCUUUAUACCGAUUUAGACCAGUAGGUGGUGACAGAGUGGCUUUCCCUCUUUGCCCUGUGCCCCUACCUCUCCCCUCGCAGACUUUGUGCUUCAUACCGCAUCAUCCUUAUCACAAAAUCUGAAGCCCCGUCAUAGCAUUAUUCCCCAGAAGCAGUGAUUGGAAGAAGCAGGCAGUCUGUGGACAGAUGGUCAACAUUUCAGAAAUCCUUAAUCCUAUUGCUUCUGUGGUGGUCUUCAGGUAAAAAGCAACGAAGAGGAAUUUGGGAAUUGUUCAAAGAAACUCCCUGAAAAACUAUACCAAAACUUGUCCUUCCCUACAACCACAAACUGAUUCUUAAAAAAAUAAUUCAGAUUCAACUAUUUUUCACACAGUGGCAGUUACUACAUCAGUUUACAGAGCAGAGGGGGAGAAGGGAAGCAGGCCUGUUGCAUCGCUUCUGCUGAGAGACCAGCUGCCUCUGGCUCUCCCUCGGCUGUCACUUGGUGGCAAUCAUCCCAUCAGACUUCUUGAUCUGUGUCCAUCAAAGCUGAUAACUUUAAGAGCUGGUACCUGGCGUUGCUUUUUCUUCAUUCCUUAUCCCGUUUUCUCCCCUUGGGCGUUGUCUCUUUUAGAUUGUAAGGCUGAGUGUGAGGACUAUGUUGCUCGCUAUUUUUCUAAGCUGCUCUGGGAGCCUUUCUUGUCCAAAGAAGCAAAUACUAAACCAUUGGUGGCUUUCCAGGGCUGAAGAUGGAGGGCGUCCCUCACCCAAGUCCUACAUGGAUUUCAAUUCCAGGGGAUUGAAUUUGGUGUCUUUAACAUACAAAAACGAGUUCAACCAUUGCACUGUGUUUCUAGGAGAUUCCUCACAACCUCCAGUUAGUGGCUUCUCUUGUACACCCUGUUUCAACUUUUUGCUAGUCAGAAGAACUAGAAAUUUGCUUUAAAAAACUCCGGGGAAACCGAAGGCUGGUGGAACUGCUGGGCACCAAUGUGGACCCUGCUUGCAUUUUGUUUCAAAUUAUGCACUGCAAUUCUGCAAACGACCGCAACCUCAUGAUUAAUUUUGGUUUCAUUGUAUUAAUAUUUCUGUAGGUUUAUCAUCCAAGGUUCACAGAAAGCCAGAAGCACAUUCCAAUCAGCCAUGAGCAUGGAGGGUUUCUUCAGGUACUUUUCAGAAUAUCUCAGUUGGCAUUUUAAAGCUUGAACUGUGUGUUUGCAUAGAGUCUUGGGGCUAGCUGCACACACUCCCACACAUCAAUUACACACAAACACGUUACAGAAUUUCAACAGCAUUUUGAAGAAUUGAAAACGGGGCGAAAUAUUACAGUGGCUACACAUAUUUACAUGCAAGACAUAUUUGGCCCUUAAAUCUUCACUACCUUUGAAGCCUUCAGUGGAAUUAAAUACAAGUUUUUGGUUGUAUUGUUGAUAAAUAGUAAUACUAUUGUUAAAAUGGCUUUAGGUGUCUUGAGUUGUCCUGACAAGUUUAAACAGCCUUAUUUUUGUUUUAUUAUGUCCAGAAUUGGAUCUGAAAUUUGCACAGGAUAAAAAUGGUUUCCUCAAAGCCACAAAACAUACUGGUCUUAUUUUCUUAUCCCUCUUUACUGAUGACUCAGAUAUUUGGCAGCAAAAUUGGCAAGUAAGCAAAACAGUGAACAGAUGAAACAUAGUUUCAGUUAUAGUCCUAGAGCUGUCCUAAGAAGAUUCCCACAAACAAAUCUGUCAUUCAGGCAACAGCACAUUUUCUAUGCAUUUCAUUGAAGAAAAUUUCUGAGCUGCAUGCUGGUUUAUAUUAUGACAUGGAAGUGGUUUUAUGAUAGCCUGACACAUUUUAGGACUCUCAUGGACCUGAGGCUAUACAUGCAGAAUGGAGGUAAUUAUAGUACUUAAUUAAAGUCAGUACUAUAAGUUCUAAAAUUAAUAUGUACUGUAAUAAUAUGGUCAUUUUUAAUUCCAUACUUUUGUCCAUUUAAUCAAAAAAUAUAUUAGAUAGAUAGAGUGAAUGUAUUGCUAUUGUGUAUCUAUCAUCUAUCUAUCUAUCUAUCUAUCAUCUAUCUAUCUAUCUAUCUAUCUAUCAUCUAUCUAUCAUCUAUCUAUCCAUCUAUCUCUGUCUGACAAAUAAGAUAGAUAGCUAUACAAUAGCAAUAUGGUGGUACCUCUGGUUAUGAACUUAAUUUGUUCCGGAUUUCUGUUCUUAACCUGAAGCCGUUCUUAACCUGAGGUACCACUUUAGCUAAUGGGGCUUCCCGCUGCUGCCACGCCGCCGCUGUGCAAUUUCUGUUCUCAUCCUGAGGUAAAGUUCUUAACCUGAGGUACUACCGGCUUAGCGGAGUCUGUAACCCAAAGUGUUUGUAACCUGAGGUGUUUGUAACCCAAGGUACCACUGUACAUUCACUUGAAGGGCAAGUGUACAGAGAUGCUCAAUGUGAGAGUACAGCUGUUUCACAGAAACACAAGCCAACUGCAUGCUCAUGUGUAGAGCAUUCAAAGCAGCCUCCCACUCCUCUCAAGUCUCCAAAUAGCCCCUGUGUUUAUUAAGAAACAGCUACAGUGGAAUCUUGGUUCUCGAACAGCUUAGUUGACGAACAAAUUGGCUCCCAAAUGCUGAAAACCCGGAAGUAAGUGUUUUGGUUUUCGAAUGUUUUUUGGAAGCUGAACAUCCGCCGUGGUUUCCGCCUGAGUGCAGGAAGCUCCUGCAGCCGAUUGGAAGCUGCGCCUUGGCUUUUGAACAGUUUCGGGAGUCGAAUGGACCUCCAGGACAGAUUAAGUUCAAGAACCAAGGUUCCACUGUACUCUCACAUGCCACACAAAAUUCACAGGCUUUGGUAUGAAGAUUGUCAUGCACAGUCGUCAUGUAAUUUCACCUACAUGGUUCCUGAAAAUGAAAUUAUGACCUAUCUUAAUUGCUAAUCACAUUUAUGCAUUCUGUUACAACACUGAUUGUAGACCACUUCUCAAUUUUCAUUACUUUAUGUGUAUUACAUAUAUGUAUGGGAGAAUCAACCACUGUAUCUUAAGGUCUGAUUUAAUGCUGCAGUGAACUGCUCACACCUCAGAGGUGGUAUCUCAGAAGUCAAACAGAAUCUGUUCCAGAAGUCCGCUCGACUUCCAAAACAUUCGAAAACCAAGGCGCGGCUUCCGAUUGGCUGCAGGAAGCUCCUGCAGGCAAUCGGAAGCUGCAAAAGUCAUGUCAGACGUUCAGGUACCAAAUAACGUUUGCAAACCAGAAGACUCACUUCUGGGUUUACGGUGUUCAGGAGCCAAAACGUUCGACUCGCAAGGCAUUCGGGAUCCAAGGUACGACUGUAUUCCAGUGUCUGUUGCUGCCACUGUGCCAUCCAUUGGAUCUUUCCUCCCCUGUGCAACAUGGUAGUGUUAUAGUAAGGCACAGGCAGUAUGGUCUAGGGACAGGAAGCCUUGUUCCCAGGGUUGUGACUAUCACUUUAUUACCCUUAUAGUAUGCGUCCAUCAGGUAGAGAGGAAAUCUUGAUCCAUACACACUUUUGGCUUCGGCUGGUGCAAAGUGUCACAGUUCCUUCCCCUCUGGCUUCCUCUCUGACCAUGUGGAAUCCAGGAGGUCAGGCACUGGCCAAAGGCCUAGGUCUCAGAAGGAGCCUAGACCAGCCCAACCUGCCCCCUACACACUGCUGGGCCUUGGUGGUCAUGUUUGGUUAUGGUGGCCAGAUAACUUAGAAAUCCUUCGUUCUCAGUCUCUCCCUUCUUCUUGGACCAUCUGAUGGGGAGAACCAGCUGCUAGCUGCCCCCGUAGCCAUGCCAUUCCCCUUGUGAUUCUCCUCUCUGCUGAUCCCUCCACCUUCUUUUGCCCUCUGAAUGAUGGGCUCUUCUAUGGCAUCAGGAGGUGUUGGCAAGGGAGAGGAGCCCUCUGAACUCCCACAGUGUGAUGAGAGUCUCCACUGUAGGGAGUAAAGCUGAAUAGAGGAUUGCCAGCAUGCCACUGCAGCAAUAGUUCAAUAGGAUCAAUUUGCUCAUUUAUUUUCCAUAGUGAAGCCUCUGGUGAAUGCUUUGGGCUGGCAAAGUGCCCUGUGGGUUGCAGUCUCAAAAAUUUGUUUCUUAUCUCCCCUCCCCAAUGUAAAGAGCCACCUCUGAAACCUAGGGAGACUUCAGAAAUUGCCUCUUCCAAUACAACUCUUUCGUCCAUGGCUAGAGUUUUAUUAACCAAGGAAGAAGCUUGCAGUGCAGCCCUAUUUGUGUUUACUCAGAAGUAAGUCCCACCGUGCCCAAUGACCCUUGCUUCUUAGUAGGUAUGUUUAGGAUUGCAACCUUAUGGAUGUUAUUAAAGACUUAAAUCAAUGCAAUUUGUCUUUCUGGAUAUUAUCGUUAGAAUAUUAUAUAGAAAUAGAGAACCUUUAUAAUCACAAUCUUAAAUUAGGUUUAUACAAUUAGAGCUAAUGGAACAUAACAGACAAAUAGUGAAAAGGGCUCAGUCUUCCAAUUUUAUGAACUCCUCUUACUAAUCUAAAACAGCCUUAUAUAAUGAAGGAGCAAUAAAAAAGAAUAGAUUCAUGAAUUCAGAAUUGCAGACAAAAAAGCCCUUUCUCUUUCUCAUGGACUAGACAAGUGGAAAUGGUUUGCAAGGAACAGAGAGACUGUAUUUGCAGAUCCUAGUAUGGUCACAUGGGAUAUAUAUAUAUUUAAUCUUAUGACUGUAUGGCAGAAUUUCAGGGUUGAGAUUGUUUUUACAGCUGAAAAGGAACUGCACAAAACAAUACUUUUGGCACCCUGCCCAGAUCUUUCAUCUAUCUGUCUGUCUGUUGCUUGCAUGUUAAAAAUUUUAGUUUUCUUCCUAUAUCCUCUAAGAGUAAAAAAAAAGCCAUGAAUAAAACCAAACGACAAGCAAAAAAAAAUUGAGGAAAUAAUUGACUUAUUUAAGGGAAUGUAAAAUGCAACAAAAGGAGCUUUGAAUUCUAAAGAUCUUGGGCCAAAUUCUCGUGAACUGUAAACCAGAGCUUUAACAUAAACACAUACAUUAUUUUAAAUUUGAAAUAUGUCUGUGAGUUCUCAGCUCAGGAGUAGACAGGAUCAUAGCACAAAACUUAGUGCGCUCUCUCUCACUCUGUGUGUGUGUGUGUGUGUGUGUGUGAGAGAGAGAGAGAGAGAGAGAGAGAGAAUUGUAUUGCACAUACAAUAUGUGCUGCUUCUAAAGCCACAGUUUCUUAAUUGUUGGGUUUUCCUUAUAGCAAGAGAUGAGCAAGUUAUUUCUCUUGACUUAGCAUUUUUGACUGUGAUUGCCAUGCAGGCAUCCUGGCCAUGUUCACUUCCUGGCGUGAGGUCAUAUUAGAUCAGUACUUCUGGAGGUAGGAGACCGCUGUGGGGGGAAAACAAUCUCCACAGAGUAUGUGGUUAAAGGCAGCAAAAUACUAGGAAAUGAGCCACUUCAUCUCCUCCAUUUUCUCCACAAGGAACAGGAAAGUCAACAUGGGGCCCAUAUGCCAUGUCUGGCCUGCCAAGAUUCUUUCUCCUCCCAAUUCUUCUUAGAACAAAUGGCCUGUUGGAGAGUUGCCACAUGGCGUCAGGGCAAGAGUGCAUGAUCUCAGGGUGAGGUGGAAGACUCACUGCAGGGAAGGGGAACCCGUGGUCCUCCAGAUGUUAAGUACAGUUCCCAUCAUCCCUUGCCAUUGGCCAGGCUGGCUGGGGCUGCUGGGAGGUGGAGUUUUGUUAAGUUGUGGGUGAACAUAUCAGACGACACAGUGAUUCUUCAACAGCUCUUGUUUAUUCAGAGGCCAGAACAGAACUGAACUGAAGGACUCAGUCAGCCUGCUUAUAUAGAGCUCCAGUACCACGUUACUGUAACAACUUUCUAAAACUAUCCAAUCACUGAACCGUCACUUUCAAUCCUUCAUUUGCAUAACUAUCUACAGUAUCCCCCUGUUGGCCCAGGGUGAGAACUUCAGUACAUAACACGUUUGAAUGAACCACAAGUUCCUCACCCCUGCCUUAGUUCAUUGUAAAUAGUUCAAGGGCUUUAUAUAUGCCCACCCCUGCCCCAGAAUGCUGCUGUUUCCACCCAGUGCCAAUCUGCCUUCUGCCAGCCCCUGACAUAAAGAGAGGCCACUGCUGGUUUGUGCUCCAGCUGAUGACCUCCCUUUGCUGGUGUUGCAAUAAAAUGGGACUGGGCCGCUGGAUAUUCUCUUGAGUGUGUAUAACUGCAGAGACAGCUUGAAUUAAUAAUGUACGACAGUUGGAUUCCAGCUUCAAGAUAGCUUUGCCUGAACAGGCUCAGCGGUAGGGCCGUAGAGUAGCAGAAUUAUUAGGACAGCUAAAAAUGCUGGAUAUGGAAAAUCAUGAAUAUAUGAGAUAGGGUUGUGGGCUUCCCCCACCUUCCCACAUUUUUGCUUGGCAUAGAGUCUAGGAAAAUAUUCCGCAGCCAAUAUUUUAUUCUGAUCGGGAGGUUGCCGUUAUUCAAGAGUUUGCCAUUUCUGAGUUAAAGAAAAUGAGAGCAAACAAGUUUGGAUAAGGGCAAGCAAGUUGAAACGUAAACCAGAUAAGAUGGAGGUGGUAUUGCUGAUCUGAACGGAGGGAAGCAACCUGUUUUGGAUGGGAGGGCAACCCCCUAUAGAAUCCCAUUUGUUACUUUGUGUUUUUUGUUAUAAUGUUGUAUAUAUAGAUAUUCAUUUUUAAAAAUUGUUUUAUUGUGUGUUAUGUGAAUCACUUGGGGAUUUUGAAUAUUAACAGUAUAGAAAUAUUAUAAAUAUAUAAGAAGACUGAAACUAAACAAGGUUAAUAUAGAGGUGUGAAAACUGAUUUCUGAUGCAGAAUUUCAAGAAAGAAAUGUGAGCAUUUAAUACUUACUGCAAUUAAUAUAUCCUAAUUUUCAAGACUAAUGAGUCUAGCCUAAUUACAUGUAGCCACAGAAAAGCAAAUAUAUAUAUAUAUCUAUUUAACUAUCUUGGUUGCAAUCCUGCAUACACCAAUCAGAUUUCUGUCCUACCUAUGUGCUGGAUUUCACCUAUAAUGAUGAGGACUUUGUGGAAUUUAUUGUUAGGACUCUCUUUCUGCAGUGUCUCUCUGCUCAAGAUAAUGCAUAAUAAUGGGCUUUACUUUAAAUCUCGCUGACAUUAAAUAGUAAACAGGCUAAACAUAGGUUUAAAGUUAGAGCUAGGCUUAAGCACUUGGUAUAAUAUAUUAUAGGAACUAAGAACUAAACAUUAGAAGUGACAGUGUGGGAAAGAAAGUAUUAGCAAGACGAUCUAGAUAGUAAAGCACAGCUUCUGGCAGCAUGGCCUGCUAACCAUUCCUUACCACUUUGAGAGAAUAAAUAUGCCUUUCAGUAAAUUAUUGCAGGAAAAGGGUUCAUUACUGGGUGCCAGGAGCCUAAGAAACAAGCCAUUUAAGAAGGCAGGAGAAGGCAGGCAGCAAAAAGGUACAUUUCAAUAACUAGGCAAUUUUUUGCAGCACGAAUGGAUUUUCUGUGCACUAAAUUAGAAAUGCCAGUAAAAAUGGAGCCUCUGAUUAACACCCAAAUGAAUUCAUUGGCAGGCAAACUUGUUAGCAUUAAUGUUCUGUGCCUUUGAGUGAUGGUUUAAAGCAACCUUCUUCAUGCUAUUAUCAGUAAGUUAUCUCCCUCAGACGUGUAUUAGUCGCACUUAAUAUGAUCCUCACCUGGUCUGUAAAUUUAUGCAAUCAGAUUUUACCUUGUUUAUUUUUUGCACACUUGCUUACACUUGGCACUUUGUGUGCAGAGCACGCAACCAGGUGUCUAACUGCCUUAAGCAUCAGCCUUGCACAACCGCAUCUCUGUGUCCAAACACAUCCAAAACAUGCAGAAUAAGGAAUGCACUUGUUGUGGAGGUUUGCAGAUACAUUAAGAACAGGAAGUCUUCCCCUCUGUGCUACCUUGUGCAAACAAUCUAUCUUGUUUUCUUGGUCAGAAAAUAACAGCUGCUCCUAUGUCAGCUUGCUGGGGUUAGGUAUCGUUCUUUUACCUGGAGAAGGUCCUUCUGAUCUUGGAAAUUUUAUUGGGAAGGAGCUAUCCAACAGAUGGGGCCAUACUCUUCAGUGUUGCAGAAAGAAGAAGAGUCAUUAACUAUGAAACUGGUAGCGAUUCCCUUCCGGCCAGAAGUUUGAAACUUUAUACUGAGGAAAUCUCAUGUACUUUGCUGCGAGCUCCUUGGAAGCGAUACAAAUGCAACUAAUAAAUAAUACUGCCCUUUUGCUUUCCAAGAUGUAGGAAAGAAAAAGCUGUGUAAUGCUCUACCACUUUGUUACACUAGCCAAAGGGCAAUCUCUGUAUGUUGGGAUUACUGGUGCUAUAAUUGUGAGGAAUUGUAUGUACCAUAUUGACAUGGUAUUCAGUCAAGAUGGGAAUUUCCCAAGGCAUGACUUCUGCACCUACCAAGACCCAGAACUCUAGAAAGCAAAUUGUAGUGUGUUUUGUUUUCUCCAUUCAUCACAGUUUUGUUGAUUGCAUCGUGUUUGGAAAACAAUAUCCUAAACAACAUUCUUCCACCGAAUACUUUGAACUUGAAGUAGUGUAUACUUAAUGUUUAAACCAAGUCUGUAACAAGCCAAAUGUAUGUAAGGGGAAAGGUUUUACAUUGGUACGGUAGAAAGGCAUCUAACUCUUUUCUCUCCUCCCAUCCUGCUUGUGUAGGACAACCUACCCAUCCCAAAGGAAGUCAAUCGCAAAAAGAACGAUAAGGUGGAAGCUCCGCUCCUGGCACCAGCAAAUCGCUAUGGACACCAUUUCACCAAAAUAAAUUACCUCUCCUCUUUUUAAUCAUAACUCCUCAUUUGUAUUAAAUAUGAUGUAUGGGUGUUGAUGAGGUCAUCAUGGUGUCAUAUAUCGGGAAUUGUUUCUGUGUAAAUCAUACGAAGAAAAUUACGGGACUCUGAGCCUUUCUAUAGAGAAUUACAGUGGGGGAAAAUACGUAUCAUGAAACCGGUUUAUAACCAUUCUGACUCAAGUCAAAGCUCUCAGAAUUUCACACUGUGAAUCCAAGUUUACAAACUUUACAGGUGGGCCUUCAGGCCUGGUUCUACCACAACAAUGUCUUCCACUACUCAAAACUCAACAGACCGCAUGCAACUGGUAACUUUGCUGCCUCUUCAUUUCCAUGAUUCCGAACUGCUUCUUGCAGAGGCUGAGAGUCCCCCUUUUAUUUCAUUUUAGAUGUAACAAGCCUAGUAGUUUAUUUUCAUCGAUUGUCUGUGUAUCUCUAUAUUUUAUCCAUGUACUCUUUUGAUGUAUAGAAGUAGUAUGAAACUCAUGGUUUCCUUGUGGUAAGUGACUGAGAUGCUGCCACGGGAUUUGAGACACUGAUGAAUGGUGCUAUUUUGGACUUUAAACGUGCUCCUUGGCAAGGUAGCUCUGAUGGAGUUAUUUUUAAUUUCCAUGUUCUAAGAAGGUGUUGGUACUUCGUUCUCGUUCUUUAGACUGGACUGACUUGUUUCCUUGUGUCUUCAGUGUGGCUUUCUUAUUCAGUGUUGUAGGGUGAGUAAUUACUAAUACAGUAAGUGCGGAACCGAUUCCCACCUGGGUGUGCUCACAAACUUGAAAUGGUAAGUGGGAGCAAUCACAAAACUGUAAUUUACUACGAGUUCCUUUCUGCCAUCCUGCUUAUAUCAUUUGGAUAAAGAAUAGCAAUAAUUUUCAUACGGUCUUUAGGGGUCUUCUUAAUGUAUUUUGUCUUUUUUAUUUAUUAGGAAGGCUUUUUUUUUUAAAGGGAGGGUUAGCAUGUUUUUACAUGUCCUCUUAAAAUCAACAAGAAUUGGCUGGUUUCUCCCCCUCCCCCCAAAAACAUAAUCGUUCCUUUAAAUGUAUAAAAUGACAAACUCUUAAAAAAGCAAUGAAUAGAAUUCCACAGUCUUUCCAAUGUGUGGGUUUUACAUUUUUGUUCUUGCUCCCAGGGUAUUAGGAAACAAAAUACAAUACAAAAUUGUACCAUCUCCUCAUGGAAUGUUGUUGUGUUAGACACAGUCUGGAAGCCCACCUUGAUUUUUUUAUAUAACUCUGUCUUUCAGCUCUUCCUUUGACUGGGCAGGUUUUGACCUGAACUGUUUAGCUUCUGACUGUUAAAUACCAAUGCAUGCACUGCAAUUCUUAGUUUUCUUUCCACUUCCUCCUCCUCCUCCUCUUCCUUCUCCUUCCCUAUUCUCGUGCGCUUUCUUUCUAGUAGACUAGGUAGCGUCAAUUGUGCUGUAUAUACAUAUAGCAAGAAUCAGUAUUCAGCAGUUGUGGCAUUUAUGUAUAGUUGCAGUUGUGUACUGCUGAAAAUGUAGGCUUUUGUAACAGUGUGAUCUUUAAUAAUGCACUACAAGUACCCAAUGUAUUUUAGCUCUUUUAGUAGGAUUUGUUCAAUAAAUAUGCAAGCUCUAAGAGUAACUAU